UGUUUGUUGAUUUGUCAAGUUCAAUUUUUUUUCAGCAAGAUCAGUCUUUUGCACUCUACAUGCACACAAAUAAACAAGGUUGUGAUGGUUUUUUUUUUUUUUUCCUACAGAUUUGUGUUUGAAGAGCUGAUAUUUUCCUUUACAACAAUGGUGGCAAAGACUUUUACCGUUGAGGAAGGAUGGGAAUAUAUGAAAAACAAUGGGAUAUUAAAGCUUAUUAGGAUUCUUGAAGGACUGUCAGAGCCAUCUUUCACAAUAGCAGAAUCUAUGAUGCUCUACACAACUGUUUACAACAUGUGCAAUCAACAUCCCCGUCCUGAUAAUUCUGAGAAGGUCUAUAAAAAGUACCAGGAGGUGUUUGAGGAAUACAUAAUUUCCAAGGUAUUACCAUCUAUAAAAGAGAAGCAUGGUGAGAUUAUGCUUAUGGAACUUGUGAAAAGAUGGGUUAACCACAAAGUAAUGAUUAGAUGGCUGUCACGUUUCUUCGAAUAUCUUUCUCGUUCCUACCUAGUUAAAAAACUAGAUUUUUCUUCACUUGAGGAACUUGGAGUUACGCGCUUCCGCAAUCUGGUUUAUCUGGAGGUGGGUAGAAAUGCCAUAGAUGUUGUAAUUACUCUGAUAAAUAAAGAACGUGAAGGACAGCAAAUUGACCGAGGACUGUUGAAGAAUGUUUCAGAUUUCUUUAUAGAAAUUGGAUCUGAAUGUAUAAAUUGUUAUGAAAUGGAUUUUGAAGCACUCAUGCUUCAGGAUACUAGUGAAUACUAUUCUCGUAAGGCAUCAAAGUGGAUUGUGGAGGAUUCUUGUCCAGAUUAUAUGUUAAAGGCUGAGGAAUGCUUGAAAAGGGAGAGGGAUAGAGUUUCUCAUUACAUGCAUCCAAGCACUGAGAAGAAGUUGGUGGAGAAAGUGCAACAUGAGUUGUUGAUGGUCAAAUCAAAGCAACUGCUUGAGAAGGAGUGUUCUGGAUUUUGUGCAUUGCUUAGAGAAGAGAAGGUAGAGGAUCUUUCCAGAAUGUAUAGACUUUACCAUGAAAUACCUCAAGGCUUGGAAAAUAUUGCUUCUAUAUACAAAGAGCAUAUUACUGGUGAAGGUACUGCUUUGGUCAAAGAGGCUGAAGAUGCAGCAACAAAUCAGGAUGCAAGUAAAGUUGGGGUGCAGGAACAGGUCCUUAUCAGAAAAAUAACCAAGCUUCUUGACAAGAACGUGGCACAAGUGAAAGAUUUGUUCUCAAACCACACUUUGUUUAACAAGGCCCUGAAAGAGGCUUUUGAGGUAUUCUGCAAUAAAGCUGUUGCUGGCAGAUCAAGUGCUGAACUACUGGCUGCAUCCUGUGAUAACAUCCUCCACAAGGGUGGAAAUGAGAGUGAUGAGGACAUUGAAGAAAAACUUGAGAAGGUAGUUAAGCUGCUUGCAUUUAUUUAUGAUAAAGACAUUUUUGCAGAAUUCUACAGGAAGAAGCUAGCUCGCCGUCUACUUUUUGAACGGGGUGCUAAUGAGGACCAUGAAAAGAGUAUUCUGUCCAAGCUGAAGCAGCAGUUUGGUGGACUGUUUACAUCAAAGAUGGAGGGGAUGGUCACCGAUAUAAUAUUGGCACGGGAAUAUCAGACCAAAUUAGUGGAAUAUCUUUGCAGUAACUCAAAUGCAAAUCCUGGGAUUGAUUUUAGUGUCACAGUUCUUACUAGUGGAUUCUGGCCAACUUAUAAAUCCUUUAAUCUCAGUCUCCCCACGGAGAUGGCAAAGUGUGUCCAGGUUUUUAAAGAUUUCUAUGACACACAAACAAAACACAGAAGACUUACAUGGAUCUAUUCAUUGGGAACUUGCAACAUUAAUGCAAAGUUUGAGACAAAAACUAUUGAACUGAUAGUGUCAACCUAUCAGGCUGCAGCGCUGUUGCUAUUUAACUCUUCGGAUAGAUUGAGCUUUUCAGAAAUCAGAACUCAGUUGAACUUGACUGAUGAUGACUUGGUUAGAUUGCUUCAUUCACUGUCAUGCGCCAAAUAUAAGAUCCUUAAAAAGGAGCCAAACACAAAAACUAUCUCUCCAACUGACAACUUCGAGUUCAACUACAAGUUCACUGACAAAAUGAGGAGGAUUAAGAUUCCUGUCCCACCGGUGGAUGAAAGGAAGAAGGUAAUUGAAGAAGUUGACAAGGACAGACGCUACACUAUUGAUGCUGCAAUAGUCCGCAUCAUGAAAAGUCGGAAAGUUUUGGAGCUCCAAAAGUUGGUCAUUGAGUGUGUGGAGCAGUUGAGCAACAUGUUCAAGCCUGAUAUUAAAUUAAUCAAAAGGCAAAUUGAAGAUCUUAUCACUCGUGAUUAUCUGGAGAGGGACCAAGACAACCCAAGCAUGUUUAAGUACUUGGCAUGACAGGUAUAUAUUUGGAUCUUGGUUCUUUCCACAAGCUGGGAUGUGAGUUAUAGAGAAUUCAAACCCCAAAUGUUGUAUAAUUACUGCAACUUCAGCUGUAAACAUUGAGCAAUCAACCCAUUUGAACAAUAACUUUAUGCUUUUACUAGGGAUUAAUUACCAUUACAUGAUUACUAUUGUUUAA